ACUAAUAAAACUUAGCCUGUAGAAACGUGGUAGUAAUUACCAAGAUGCAGGUUCCACCGAUUUUUAUGGAAUUACCUUUAGAAGACCAGGCACAAGAACUAAGAGUGUAUUUGAAAGGCUUGGGUGCCGAGAUCAGCGAAGAAAAAUCUCCCAAGGGUAUAGAAGAUGAUUUGCAUAAGAUUAUUGGUGUGUGCGAAGCUUGCUUUAAGGAAGGAAAUGAAAAUGAAAUAGAAACUGUUUUGAAUGACAUUGUAUCUAUUAUGAUAGUUAUUCCCACAGAACGAGCAGAAAAUUUAAUAUUAGCAUUUUGUGAGAAAUUAACAAAAGCACCUGGUUAUAAGCUUGGCUUCGUAUGUUUAAAAGCGUUGUGGUUAUUAUUUCAGUCUCUUCCUGAUGAAUCUCCGAUGAGAUAUCAUGUUUAUUACCAUAUAAUUCAAAUUGCACGCAAUGUUGAUCAGGUGAAAGCAGUAUAUGGUGGAAUUCAACAACUGAAGCAACAGUUUGCAUCGUUGCCACCAUCCAAUGAACAAAUGCAAAAGUUGCUUAGACUACUUCAUGAAGUACUUUUAAGUUGCAAACAGGGGGAACAGGCUGCUGCAGUUAUGGUAGAACUUCUAGGCACUCUGCUUGAUCCGCUAUUAGCAUUAAAACCAGUAAAAUUCUUAGAAGGGGAACUUAUUCAUGAUUUACUUCUUGUGUUUGUAAAAGAUAAAUUACCUGGAUACUUACACUUUUAUCAACACCACAAGGAAUUUGUGGAACAUCAACUUGGAUUAAAUCAUGAACAAAAUAUGAAAAAGAUGAGAUUGUUAACAUUUAUGCAACUGGCAGAAACAAAUCCUGAAAUGUCUUUUGAUACAAUACAAGAGGAACUGCAAAUUAGUGAAGAUGAAGUAGAGAGCUUUAUUAUUGAUGUACUGAAAACAAAACUCGUUAGAGCUCGAAUGGAUCAAGCAGGUCGUAAAGUACUUAUUUCAAGUACUAUGCACAGAACAUUCGGUCGACCGCAAUGGAUGCAACUUCGUGAUUUACUUGCAGCCUGGAAAGUAAACUUAACCGGUGUACAAGAAGGUAUGAAGUCCGUAGCUGCGGCACAAAUGGAACUUGCCGUAAAGAAUAAAGCUGUAAUCAAUCACUGAUGACAUCGUAGUGUUGUAUAUGAAAUUCAUAAAUUGCGUAUACAAAGAUUACUUGGAA